GCGUGGAGUCAGACGCCGACAAAUAGUUAAUGGAUUGUGUGGUUUGCUAGUCUGUGCCUUUGAAUGAACACCUGGGAGCUGCAUUUGUUUGCGGAGUAGCCAGGUUUCAGUAGAGAUUUUUCCAGAAUUCUUUCGUCUGAAAAGAGAAAGUUUUUUUGCGAGGAAGAACACAGUAGGGGGCAGUUAAAGUUGAUAACGUUAAAUCAGCUUUCUUUACUUUUGGCACGUUGUCUCUGUACGUAUUUAACAGUAUUUUGUAAGUUUUUAAAGGGUUUUUCACACCAGUGUCUCAAAAACCCUAUACCACUCCGACAUGUGGGCAGGAACCAGCUUUACUCGUUUUUUUCCAUAUAAAAAUGAUCUUCAGAGAGGUUGUUGACUGAAAAAAGACGCAGAGCCGAAAAAUGAGUUAUGUUUUAUUCGUCGGACUUACUGAAGACGUAAACCUGAGGAACAGACUCUCAGCUCCUAGGGAGUGUUCCGAAGAGUCAGAUGACCAAGGCAAGGAAGUGGAACAAGGCUCAGGUGCCAGGGGAAGACUUCAUCUCAAGAAGAAAGAAGCUUCCUUAGUGUUAAAAAGAAAAAGUUACAGAAACUGCUUUUACAAAUACAUCAAGUUUCACGCAUUGGGGCUCCUCACCGACAGUCCCAUAAGGGAGCCUCCUCAGCUGGGGGAGGUCGCCGAGAAGGAGAGAGCAGCAAAGGAGGCAGAGCCACUGGAGCCGGAGACCUCACUCUCCAGUCUUCUCCGUCUCAGACUUGAUACAAUGUCUCUAUUUUCAUCGUGGAUCAAAGCUAUUUUCAUCAUUGCCUUGGCAUUUCCUCUUUAUUCUGAAACUGGUUUUGCACCUUCAGCAGACACACGUGAAAAGCCAAACUGUGAUGUGUAUGUGGAUCAAUUACAUUAUUGCACCAGAGAAAUGGAUCCAGUCUGUGCAACCAAUGGCCAAACUUACUCCAACAGAUGCGUUUUCUGCAGUGAAAAGCUCGAAAAUAGUGGAAAAUUCGAUUUUAGUCAUUAUGGUGAGUGCUGACUGCCUCAGGCGCACACUUCUAUGACUUUUAUUGCAAUCCUGUGCUGCCGUGGAUUCUACAAGCGAUGAGUCCUCUCAGUCAGGCCUUGAAUUCCUAGAUGACCAGACAAAGCCCCCUAAGCCCUGAAUCUACUAAAGUCAAGGCUUUACCUAAGAAGUGGACUCAUGAAUCCCUCUGCAGACAACUUAUCUGCCUUUGAAGCUCAAAGCUGUCCCUCCAUUUCAGAAUAAGCCUGUCUGUGACAAGUUUGAAGAUACAGCGAUGACUUGCAUGAAUGAAUACUUUCCUGUCUGUGGACCAGAUGGCAACACAUACAACAAUGCAUGUGCUUUUCGCAGUGAAGUUGGGAUCAAUAUGACAUACAUGUGAACCGAAGGCCUCACAGAGACUUGAAGGAAACACCAGGUAUUGACGUCAGCUGAAGACCUUCUAUCAAUGUUGAUUCUCAACACCAAGAUUGUGAAUCAAUUGUUGAUAUAUGAUGUCUGGGCAACGGUAUGUUUGACAAGCUCCGAGAUGAGUAUUGGGUCAGUUGGCUGUGGAACCCAGCCUGGAGGACACGACAUAAAUAGAAGGAAGAGGAGAGACCAACUUACAGUGGUGAUCGUUUCUCAACAGGUCCUACAUGUCUGGGAUCCAAAUGAGUAACCGUGGGAGAAUGGAAUCUCGGGUGUAACUUGGAUUUUCAGAGCUCAUGUCAACCAGCGUGUACCUCAAAGAGGGUGGGACAUUUGCUUCACUGGACUGCAUGAUGACGUGGAAGUCAGCUCUCAGCUCCCAAAAACUGGACCUGUAUCUCCCAUGAGGAAGAUGUGCCCUACAAUCCACAAACACAGAAUUCUUAUAGCAGCACAAAAGGGUGCAGAACACAGAAUCAGAAUCCCGCAGGAGGUCAAAACUGAGAUCAUUUAUCCCGCUGCUUUAUUUUACUGACAAGAAAAUUGAGGCCUAGAGAGGAGACGACUUGCUCAGUUUCACACACCCAGAGUUUGAUAGAACUAAGGCUAAAACUCAGGUGUCUUAACAAAGGUGCUCAUUUACCAAAGUAACUGCUGUCAUUCUCACUGAAAGUAGGGUUUAAUAACCUUGGUGAUUUAAGAAAUCCAGGCUGUUACCUGCAAUGCUUAGUCAAUUAAUAAAAGGAAUAAUUUUUUUAUACUAGAUUGAAAAAGUAAAUCAUUGAAUAAUUUGAAAACUCUUAAUUUUAAAGGUAUUUUUAAAAACCACAGUAUCAAUAUUUGAGAUUUUUGUUUAAUCAGAAGCAUGACCUUUAUAAAUGCAUAAGAACCAUAAUGGAAAAAUGAGUAACUCCAAUUUGUGUUGAAGGGAUUAUACAUAAAAUACAGCAAUGGAUAUACUAUUUAAAAGACUGGAAUUUUAAAGUUAUUCCUAUCUAAUUUAUAUUAUGUUGCUUUUUAAUUUAUUCAAAGCAAAAUUAAUUUACACUAAGUCAAAGAGAAGUCUGGUGGAAAUUAAGCAGAAUUUAAUUUGCAUAAAUUUUGUCUUGUAUUCUUGUUUGUUUUUUUUUUAAGCAGAGAGAGAAAUUGUAUAUUUUGAGCUUUAGGUGGGAAAUUCUGUUUUAACUUUGAAUCUAAUGAUUUAUACGCCAAAAAUAAUACACUAGGAAUUCAGUUUGGGGACCUUUAAAAUUAAGGGGAAAAGUUCAAUGUAGUAAUGAAGGACAAUGAAUUACCUUAAAGAUUCAAGUAUAGGUUUGUUAAUAUUUAUGUCCACAAGAACCAAACUGUGUUGAUGAGGAAUUUACCUGUUCAGCGCUUCGUGGCAUUUUGGUUCGUGGCAUUUUGGUUCGUGGCAUUUUGGUUUCACCUGUUUGCUUGGCCUUUUCUUUAGCUUCUUUUAAGCUGUUAAGAAAAGAAAAUAGUUGGUCAGUUUAUGGCUUUAUCAUAUUUUCAGUGUCCAGUUCUGCACUAAGCACUUUCACAUCCUUUGCUCUGAUUUGCUAAACCCAUCCACUUAGGAGAGACAAGCUUUUCCCUGUCUUGCAUGUUUGAGCCAGAAAAUUGCCAAAGAUAAGGAUGGGUGUGAAAGUGACUCACAGCCAGUCAAUUAGAGGCUUUGUUCUGUAAAACUGGAUGGGUGUGACUCCCUGAUUGACAAACAGAAGACUGUCGGGAAAAUUCACUUUAAGAGGCACAACCAACAGCUUUAAAACAAUGCUGUGACAAGGGUGAAACCAAACUAAGCAUUUGAAAUACAUAAUGUCAUCCACACCUGUACGUAUAGAUUCUUAUACCUUGUAAAGUGUCUGCCUUCAUGUAAAAGCACUCUUGUUAAUAAAGGCUAUGAUAAACUGA